AUGAAUGUUGGGGCUCCCAUUGCUUGCAGAACUCGCAAUAAGAAGAGGAAGUUGCUUGAGAAUGCUUUAAGAAUGAGUGCGGAGAGGAAGAAGGCGCGGGAACGGGAAGCAAUGAAACGUGAAGUCGCAAGUGUGAAAAUUGGACGUCGGUCUGUCGCUUCGUCCUCAACAUCUGCUGCUCUUGCAUUGAACUGUGAAAGGGUGUCGGAACAUGAUUUUGAGCGUUUGGGAGGGUGUGAGGAUGACCCUAUUGAGAUUAGUGAUAGUGAUGAUGGAAGUGAUGCUGAAGAGGGGUUGAGGAAUUCUGAGAAUGAUAAAUUUUGGGUUGAAGUGGAAAGGAAGAGUGAGGAAGAUAAAGGGUGUUUUAUGUCAAGUGAUAAAGUUGUGAACUUUGGCAAUGAUGACUGUGGUUGUGUAGGUGAAAACCCGGUUGUAUUGAUGACUGAUAAAGAUGGGGAUGGUCAUGCGCAUGUUUUGCUUUUGUCCUCUACGGAGAGUGAGGAUGGUGAGACCAGCGAUGAAGAUUUUCAGGUUGAUGAUGAUUGUGAUGAUGAUGGGUUUGAGACUGAAGACCAGAUCAAUGACGAGAGUGAUGAUGAUGCUGUGAGGGGGGGUCACAGGAAGAUAGUGAAGGGUGCUAUGGUGAGAAAGAUGCAGAGUGAAAUUGAAAACAGUGGAAUUUGCAAAAGGAAAAGAGAUCGGAAAGAUAAUGAGCAGGUAGAUGAGGUGGAGCAAGCUAAUUGUGCUAGCGCGACGUCUAGAAAAUCUGAGAUUUAUAAGCAGGAAGGAAGGCAUGCAGCACAGAAACAUGAACCAAAGAGAGAGCAAAGAGUCAUUGCUGAUUUUGAAGGCUUUGGUGUUCACAGGGAAUGUUCAGGUCGUUCUACGCCUUCUGAAGCUCCAGAGCAUACGAAGAAAAGUGAUAGAGAUGAUCAAAGUGCGACAUUGGAGAAACAGAUAGGAGUUUCAACCGUGCUCGAGAAGAGUGGGAUAAUCAAUAAUAUCAAUACCAUUGAUUGGGUGAAUAUUGAUGAUAUUGAAAGAAAAGAGAAUCCACACAGCAAAGGACCUGGUCUGAGGAGUGCUUCUUUACGUCCGAAAAGACAAAAGGAGACAGGAGAUUCAGCUAAACUAGUAAUGGAAAAGGACAAGGAAAGGGAACAGAAAUAUUUGUUUGGUAGCAAUAACGGUGAGAAGGUAAGGGUGGUGGAUUAUGAAACUGGUGACGAAGAGCUGCAUGAAGUCCUAAAGAUGCCAUCUACAUUGAAGAACAAAUGUUAUAAAAUUUUUACUGAAUGCUUUAUAGGCAAGAAUGAUUCUGUUAUGGAUGAUUCAAAUGAGUUGGAAGAAAGGGAUGAUGAUGUUGCUGCGAGUCAGACUCAGCCAUCAGCUUCUAGGGAGCCCAUCCCUUUGAAUUGGAACUUUACGAACGAAGAAGAACCCAUUGAAAAAUCAGAGCAAGAGAAGGAGUUAGAUAUGUUGUGGGGUGAAAUGGAUAUGUUGCUUCGACUUGAAGAAAUUGGGUCUCAGGUUAAUAAUACAGAGACAAAUGAAGCAAGAGAAAACGAAGAAAAACCAGCAUCGCAGUGCAAGCAUGACACUAUUUUUAACGAGCAGAUUGGGAUAUAUUGUCGAUGGUGUGGUUGGAUUGCAACUGAAAUCAAAUAUAUCACGCCACCAUUUGUAAGCACAGUGGAUCGUGAAAGAUAUGGUGGUGGAGGCGUGUCAUAUGGUGGAGGGAGCACCUCAAAUUUCGAUAGGAUUCUGCUUAAUGAGUCAGGUGAUGACUUAGAGGCAAUUUGGUCUCACAAUGAAGGCACAGUUUGGAACCUUAUUCCUGACAUAAAACGAAGCUUGUAUCCUCACCAACAAGAAGGGUUUGAGUUUAUUUGGACAAACUUAGAAGGAACUAUUGAUCUUGCCAAAUUGAAGAGUGUUGACCCAUGUAAUGAAGGUGGCUGCAUUAUUUCUCAUGCUCCUGGAACUGGAAAGACAAGGUUGACCAUGGUGUUUCUUCAGACAUAUUUGCAAUUGUUUCCCAAGUGUCUGCCUGUUAUCAUUGCUCCUUCCAACAUAUUGCUUACUUGGGAAGACGAGCUAAGAAAGUGGAACAUAGGAAUUCCAUUCCAUAACUUGAACAAUCCUGAAUUAUCAGGAAACGAGUUAGUGAUCAAUGAGGUUGAUUGGUCUGGCACUCAGAGGCAGAAUAAGGAUGCCAUACGGAUGGUGAAGUUGUGUUCAUGGUACAAAGAGAAGAGCAUUCUUUUAAUCAGCUACAAUCUGUACGAGAAACUAGCAGGGGCCACGACUGAAGAUUAUGGGGAAAAAGACAAAAAUAAUGGAAAGAUGAAAAAUAAGAAGCGUGCAAGGACAGGGGAGUACAUUGAAAGUGGAAUGGGAAAGGUUCUGCGUGACUAUCCUGGUUUGCUAGUUCUUGACGAAGGGCAUACUCCUCGGAAUCAGAAUAGUUAUAUUUGGAAGGUUCUUUCUGAAAGUAGAACUCAGAAGCGAAUUCUUCUUUCAGGGACUCCUUUUCAGAACAAUUUUUUGGAACUUUACAAUAUUUUGUGCUUAAUGAAACCAUCCUUUCCUGACAGCAUACCACAAGAACUCAAGAAGUUUUGCCAAAGUAGAUUAAUGCACCAAAGGAAAGCUUCGAAAGAUAUGAGUUGGGAACCUGUUUCUGCUGGAAAUCCAGCUGAUGAGAAAAUAAACCAACUAAAAUUGCUGAUGAAUCCCUUUGUUCAUGUUCACAAAGGUAGCAUUCUUCAGAAGAAUCUUCCUGGGUUGAGAGAUUGUGUGCUGGUUCUGAAGCCAGACACAUUGCAGCAAGAAACUCUAGAGAGCAUUGAAUGUUCUCAAAACGUGCUAAACUUUGAACACAAGUUGGCCUUGGUCUCAGUCCAUCCAUCCCUUUUCCUCACUUGCCUUUUGUCAAAAAAAGAAGAAUCUAUUGUUGACAAGAAUAAGUUGGAAAAACUUAGAUUGAACCCUUAUGCAGGGGUGAAAACCAAAUUUCUGAUCGAGUUUAUUAGACUCUGUGAUGCAGUUAAUGAGAAAGUCCUUGUUUUCAGCCAAUUCAUUGAUACCUUAAUCUUGAUCAAAGACCAACUCGAGUCAGCCUUCAAUUGGACUGUGGGAAUGGAAGUGUUGUAUAUGUAUGGCAAACUUGAUCAAAAGCAAAAACAGUCCCUAAUUCAUAGUUUCAAUGAUGCAAAUAGCCAAGCAAAGGUGUUACUUGCUUCUAUAAAAGCAUCUUCUGAAGGCAUUAACUUAAUUGGAGCUUCAAGGGUCGUGCUUCUUGAUGUUGUUUGGAAUCCCUCAGUGGAAAGGCAAGCUAUUUGCCGAGCAUAUAGACUUGGACAAAAGAAGGUUGUUUUCACUUAUCAUCUUCUUGCACAGGGAACCCCUGAAUGUACCAAAUAUCGUAAACAGGCAGAAAAGAACCGGUUAUCUGAACUGGUUUUCUCAAAUAAAAAUGCUGAAAGUGAUAAGCUCAAGAAUAGUGGAGUAAUGUUUGAGGAUAGAGUUCUUGAUCUCAUGGUUCAGCAUGAAAAACUCAAGGAUAUGUUUGGUGAAUGUCUGAUUCAGCCAAAGAAGAUUUUGGGCCCCUGA